CAGAGAAUUAACACAUUUCAAGUUAGUUGAUUAAGUGGGAUUGGAAAUGGCAAACCGUACCGGCAUUAUUUUCUCUACGAUCUUUUUUCUUGGUCUAAUCAGUAUGAUGUCUUCCUCAAUUGUCGAUGCGAGGCGAUUGGGUGGUAUAGAUGUGCUCUCGAAAAACAACCAAAAUGGAAUAAAUGUGCUUGCCAACAAUAAUAAAGAUGGUGUAAAUAUACUCGCCAACGGAAACAAAGAUGGUAUAAAUAUAAUCGCAGAUGAAAACCAACAUGGAGUAAAUGUGCUUUCAAAUAAGAACAAAGAUGGUGUGAAUGUACUCGCCAAUGGGAACGACGGAGGUGUGAAUGUUCUUUCAAACAAGAACAAAGAUGGUGUGAAUGUACUCGCCAACGGGAACGACGGAGGUGUGAAUGUGCUUUCAAAUAAGAACAAAGAUGGCGUGAAUGUACUCUCCAACGGGAACAACGAAGGUGUGAAUGUGCUUUCAAACAGGAACAAAGAUGGUGUGAAUGUACUCGCCAACGGGAACGACGGAGGUGUGAAUGUGCUUUCAAAUAAGAACAAAGAUGGUGUGAAUGUACUCGCCAACGGGAACAACGGAGGUGUGAAUGUGCUUUCAAACAGGAACAAAGAUGGUGUGAAUGUACUCGCCAACGGAAACGAUAGAGGUGUGAAUGUGCUUGUCGACAAGAACAAAGAUGGUGUCAAUGUACUCGCCAACGGGAACGAUGGAGGUGUGAAUGUGAUCGCCGACAAGAACAAAGAUGGUGUGAAUGUACUCGCCAACGGGAACGAUGGGGAUGUGAAUGUGCUCGCCGACAAAAACAAAGAUGGUGUGAAUGUACUCGACAACGGGAACAAAGGUGGUGUGAAUGUACCCACAAACAAAAACGGAAGUGGUUCAAAUGUCGUCACAGACAAAAACAAAAGUGAUACAGAUACGUAUGCGGAUAAUAACUACGAUGAUGGAAAUAAAUACGGAAAUCACUAUUAGUGCCCAAACUAGUACAUUUACCUCCCCAACUUUUAUUUUGGAGUAAAAGGAAGAUGGUAAGAGUAUAGGGAAACAAAAUGACUAAAGGUUACAAGUUUUCUGGAAGACCACAAUUUUCAUUUCAUUUCUUUUAAGUGGUUGUGUUAGAUGGCAAUCAAGUUUGUGCCUUGAAGGGUCGUGCAAUUGUUUUUUUUAGGGCUCGAAUUUGUUUGUUUGUUUUUUUCUCCCAAAAAUAGUUGUUAUUUGUUUCGCGACA